AUGUAGCGUUGUGGUAGUCGUGAAAAUCGUGUAAUGAACUUACCAGUCAUCGUCCUCGACGUAGAGAGAAAAUUAUUACUUUUUAGAUAGAGAAAAUACUGCCAUUAUAUACACACAGAAACAGUGAACCCUCGCAAAAGCUCUUUUCGCACCCAAUGGAUCAUUGAUUGCGUUUGAAGUUAAAUUAUUUCAAUUUCUACAAUCAUGAUUUUAUGUAUAAUUUUGAAUCUUGAAAUGAGGGUUUUCGGUAUGAUGUACAGAUGAGUCUGAACUGAAAGCGAAAGGAUAGUUAAUUUAUAGAAAAACGAAGUGUUCGUUAAUAAUUUAAAAUUUUCAAGUCAAAUGGGUGGUGAUAUUGAGGAAGCUAGUGGUUUUAAUGUACCAAGAGUUCAGUCAUCGGGUGGGGCAUCAUCAUCUUCACUCCUUAAGCAAUCCCCCUUUUCAGUGAAUCAACUUGAUGUGUCUUUGUUAAAUACUCCAAAAUUUCGCAGUCAGAUGCGACAAUGUUCCCCUAAUAUGAGUGUGGACAAUAGUGUUAAAAGAGUUGGCAUUCCGCCCUCUUAUCCACAGAUGCCGCCUAUUUCGCCUCACUCGCAAGUUCAGGUUAACCGCGCUGCGAAUCAGCAAAUGGGCAUGCAGAAUUUUAGUCCUAGUGCAGGGCCAUCACACUCGCGUUCUUUAUCACAACCGUCAUUCUUUUUGCUUGAUUCGUUGCCACCCUUAAGUCCUUCACCUUAUCGAGAGUCACCUGCUACUACACUUUCUGACCAAGUGUCUGCUGAUGUAUCAAUGGAGGAGAGGGAUGGGAACUUGCAUUCGUUGUUGCCGCCUUCACCUUUCACAAGGAGUGGUUCGUUGAGGGGCGGUGAGGGUCUUCCUCCGAGUAAGGCACAUAGAAGGUCUAAUAGUGAUAACACUUUUGGGAUUUCUACCAUGAUGCAGUCGCCACCACUUAUUCCUCCGAGGAGCCCUGGUGCUUUGGAGAGGUUGAGAGAGAAUUCAGGGGCUAAACCAGUGCAGUUGGUUAAACGGGAGUCGAGCUGGGAGAAAGGUGGUGGGAGCAAUGCUGAAGGAAUGGGGGAGAAGAAAUCUGAAGGGGAAAAUGUGGAUGAUCUGUUUUCUGCUUACUUGAAUUUGGACAACAUCGAUGCCUUUAACUCUUCUGGUACUGAUGAGAAGCUGGGAAAUGAAAAUUGGGAAGAUAGUAGAGCUAGUUGUACAAAGACAAAUGAUAGCAGUGAUAAUGAAGCCACUAGUAGUGUCAAUGAAAGCGGCAACAAGAUUCAGAGACCAAGGGAAGGGAUCAAAAGAAAUGCCAGGGGUGAGAUUGCUCCAACCACCAGACACUACAGAAGUGUCUCUAUGGAUAGUUUUAUGGGAAAUAUGAGCUUUGACGAGUCACCAAAGUUGUCACCUUCCCCAGGAACGAGCACAGCUCAACUUUCACCGACCAAUUCGAUUGAUGGAAAUUCAAACCCCUUUAGCUUGGAGAUUGGUAAUGGUGAGUUUAGUGGGGUUGAACUCAAGAAGAUUAUGGCAAAUGAGAAACUUGCAGAGAUAGCAAUAAGUGAUCCCAAACGGGCCAAAAGGAUCUUGGCCAAUCGUCAAUCUGCUGCUCGUUCAAAAGAGCGAAAGAUGAGAUAUAUAGCGGAAUUGGAACAGAAGGUCCAAACUUUGCAGACUGAAGCCACCACAUUGUCUGCACAACUUACUGUCCUUCAGCGUGACUCUGCUGGACUGACAAACACAAACAAUGAGCUGAAGUUUCGUCUCCAAGCCAUGCAGCGACAGGCACAACUUCGGGAUGCUUUAAAUGAAGCAUUAACAGGGGAGAUACAACGUUUGAAGAUUGCUACUGCUGAACUGAGUGGAGAUCCGUACAAAUUCCAGCAGCUUUCACUUAACCCCUCGAUGUUCCAAUCACGUCAGCAGCAGCAACAGAAUGGGAAUACAUCUAAAAAAAAUUAAUCGAAGCAAUAGCUUUUACUGGUGCCUUGGAGCCGAAAGCGUUUGAUCCCAUUCCGUUUACCGUUUUAGUAUUCUUCGUAUUCAGUAGAUUUUGCCAAAAACACACAUUUAUUAGUUUCGUAUGUUCAAUGUAACACAUUGACAUGUGGAGUCUACAUAUGCUGCCUUGUUUUGCAUUUUCAUCCCAACCCCCCUUUUUUUUUUUUUUUUUUUUUUUUUUUUUUUUUUUUUUAUGAUCAUGGGUAUCCGGGCCAACUUUCGCACACCUCGACUAAUCCAACGGGGCUCUGAUGUUUAUAGUUGGGUACUCACCUCAAUGGCUCUGAAGAGACUUGAAUUGAUGACCAUUGGAGAACAAAUUCAAGACUUGACCAUUGAGCUACCCUUCAAGAUUUUAUCCCAACUACAGUCCUUUACACCUAUCACCUCUCUUAUUUUCAAGCAUAUUUAUUUCCCAGUAAUGAUAUCGUAUCUAUUGACCUUGUUUUGUCAAUGUAAUUGGAGAGAACUAUUGUGAGUUGUUUGUUAACGUAGAUUUUACAUUGUACAGAACUGUUUAAUGUUAUGUGACAAACAUUUCUAAGUAUUAAUCGAUAUUUUUUGAGUAUUCUCUUA